GCGAGUACUAAACGUGCUGUGACAUCUUAAAACUCGCGGAAUCUGGAGCACGUGUGAGAUUUACACACAACCACCCGAAGGAUAAUUCAGCCACAAGGACUGUGAAGGAGCGCCACCGAAAAUCAUCGCUUUCCAGGAGAUGAUCCGAACGAGUUCCAAUUAGGGGAUUCUCAAGAACAAUGAAGACUUUGUGGACGUUGGUCUUGUGUCUGGCGUCGGUGUCACUGCUUCAAGCUCACUCUGUUCGAGAGUUAUCAAGAGAAGCACGCCAAACUCAAUAUAAAUCGAACUUCAGAUGUCCCAGUGAAGGGUUUCAUGCCGAUCCUCAAAACUGCCGAAUUUUCUACCGAUGUGUUGGCACUCCUAAUAAUCUAGCGCCGAUUCAGUUUGAGUGUGGUGAAGGGACUGUUUUUGAUCCGGCUAUAAGUACUUGCAAUUACCCGUAUGCCAGUAAUAGGGAAGAGUGUGGAGGAAAUGGCAUUGAUGGUGAUUUUGGAAACGUUCAGAAUCCUCCACCUUCAACCACAACUUCGUUACCACCAUGGACAACCCAAUCAGAUUCGACUCCCGCAACAAUUUCUAGUCAAGUUGGUGACAAAUGUAUGCAAGAAGGCUUCUUGGGCUAUAGCAGAAACUGUUCGAAAUUUUACCGUUGUGUCAGUAAUGGACGCAAUGGUUAUAUCCAGCAUGAAUUUAAUUGCGGUACUGGAACUGUUUGGGAUCCAGUAGCUGUGUCUUGUAAUUAUCCAUGGGCAGCUCAGAGAAGUGACUGUUCGGAAGGUACUAGUCAAAGUUUUUCCGCACUGCCUCCACAGAGUGAUUAUGUAGCCCAAAACUAUAACCAAUCUAGCAGUAGUCAGUCUUCUAUGAGUAGUAGUAGCAAUAGCAGUAGUAGUAGCAGUAGCAGUUCGAGUAGUUCCUGGAAUCAAUCUAGUUCUUCGUCGUCUUCCUCUACUAUGUCAAGUACCAGUUCUUGGCAAAAUCAACAAAAUGCUGCUUCCUCAGGUCAACAGGGAAGCAGUUCAAAUAGUCAACAGAGUGGCUCGUCAAAUCAGCAAAGUCAACAAGGAAGUAGUAAUAAUUCCAAUCAAAGUAGUUCUAGCCAACAAGGAAGUUCAUCGAGCGGCAGUUGGAACCAACAAGGAGGCAGCUCGUCAAACGGUAGUUCAAAUCAGCAACAAGGAAGUUCAUCAAGUACUAAUUUCAAUCAACAAGGCUCACAUCAACAAGGAAGCUCUUCAGGCAGCCAAAAUCAACAAACUAAUGGUUCUUCCAAUCAACAACAAAGUGGCAGCUCGUCUGGUCAACAAAGUGGUAGCUCUUCCAGUCAACAAGGAAGUUCGAACAGUCAAAGCAGUAGCUCAAAUCAACAAAAUCAAGGAAGCAGUUCCUCCAAUCAACAAGGAGGCAGUUCAUCAUCCAGCCAACAAAACCAAAAUCAUCAAGGUGGCAGUUCAUCAUCCAGUCAACAAAAUCAAAAUCAACAAGGUGGAAGUUCAUCAUCCAGCCAACAACACCAAAAUCAACAAGGGGGCAGUUCAUCAUCCAGUCAACACAACCAAAAUCAACAAGGUAGUAAUUCAUGGAAUCAACAAGGGGGCAGUUCUUCUAAUCAGUCCAGCCAACAAAAUCAAGGAAACAAUUCUUGGAAUCAACAAGGGGGUAGCUCUUCCACUCAGCAAGGCACUACAUUGUCCAAUCAACAAAAUCAAAAUCAACAAGGAAAUAAUUCUUGGAAUCAACAAGGAGGCAGUUUUUCUAAUCAACAAGGUGGUACAUCGUCCAGUCAACAAAACCAAAAUCAACAAGGAAAUAAUUCUUGGAAUCAACAAGGGAGUAGUUCUAAUCAACAAGGCAGUACAUCAUCCAGUCAGCAAAAUCAAAAUCAACAAGGAAAUAAUUCUUGGAAUCAACAAAACCAACAACAUGGUGGUAGUUCUUCAAACCAGCAAGGCAGCAGCUCUUCCAAUCAACAAAACCAACAAACCGGUAGUACGUCAAAUCAACAAAACGGAAGCACUUCAAAUCAACAAGGAAGUAGUUCUUCCAAUCAACACAAUCAACAAGGUGGUAGUUCUUCCACUCAACAAGGCAAUAAUCAAUCUAAUCAACAAAAUCAACAAGGAAGCAGUUCAUCUAGUCAACAAAACCAACAAGGAACAAGUCAACAAGGUUCUAGUCAACAAGGCACAAAUCAGCAAGGUUCAAGCCAACAAGGAAAUAAUCAAUCAAAUCAACAGGUUCAACAAGGUCAAAUUGCCAAUAACAAAUGCGUAUCUGAAGGUUUUGUAAAAGAUGAUAAUGACUGUAAAAAGUUCUAUAGAUGUGUAAAUGAUGGCAAAAAUAGUUUUACUAAAUAUGAAUUUACCUGUGGUGAAGGAACAGUUUGGGAUGAAAAGAUAUUGUCUUGUAAUUAUCCUUCAGCUGUAAGUGGAAAAUGCUCCACAUCUGAUUCCGGACAACAAGGAAAACCAAGUCAGCCUCAGCAAACUGGUCAUCCCGGACAGCCUGGCCAACCAGGGCAACAAGGACAAACACAACAACCAGGGUAUCCCAACCAACCAGGACAGCCCGGUCAACCAGGACAGCCGGGACAACCACAACAACCAGGAUAUCCCAACCAACCAGGACAACCUGGUCAACCAGGUCACCCAGCACAGCCAGGUCAACCACAACAACCUGGAUACCCAGGACAACCAGAGAAACCACAACAACCUGGACAAUCUAGCCAGCCAAUUCAACCUGGUCAAUCAGGCCAUACAGAGCAACAAAUUCCUGGUCAACAAGGACAAAUAAGUGGAACAAAUUGUGCAAAAGAAGGUUUUGUUGGUGAUGAAAAAGACUGUUCUAAAUUUUACCGAUGUGUCAGCAAUGGCCAAGGUGGUUUACAAAAAUAUGAGUACACUUGUGGUCCAGGAACCGUAUGGGACCAAACCAUAUUAUCUUGUAAUCAUGCGUGGGCAGUAAAUGGUAAAUGUGCAAAUGCAAACCAACCUCAACCAAGCCAACCAGGACAACAACAACAACCUGGAUAUCCCAAUCAACCAGGUCAACCAGGACAGCCGGGACAACCACAACAACCAGGGUAUCCUAACCAACCAGGACAACCUGGUCAACCAGGACAACCUGGUCUACCAGGACAACCUGGUCAACCAGGACAACCUGGUCAACCAGGACAACCUGGUCAACAAGGGAGUCAAAAACCUCAGGGACCUAAUGGCUCCACAUCGUCGUCAUCAAUUUCAAGUCAAAUUGGAGACACUUGUACCCAAGAAGGUUUUCUGGCUGAUACAAAAGAUUGCAAAAAAUUCUACAGAUGUGUAGACAAUGGAAAGGGCAGUUUUACAAAAUACGAAUUUAACUGCGGUCCAAAUACUGUUUGGGAUCCGGACGCGAUAACCUGCAACUAUCCUUUUGCUGUUAAUCGAGAAAUGUGUCGAAAUUAUGUAGAACAACCACAAAGCACUCCCUCCAAUUGCACAGAAUGUAGUUCUCAAACGGGAACCACACCAGGACAGCCAUCUGGUGCAGGCGGUUCCACUACGGGAUCAUCGCAACUACCACCCGGAAGCACUAUACCUGACACUAGCACCCCUGGCAGUACAAUCACAGAAAGCACUCCUAGUAAUACAAUCACAGAAAGCACUACUGCCCCUAGCACUAUAACUGAUGGCUCUACACCAGGUACCAUCUUUACAGAAAGUACGACUAUUGGUACAGACAGUCCCACUCAAGGUACUGGAACAGGAGGUACCUAUCCGGGAACUACUCCAGGUGCCGGAACAACUGGUGGUACCUAUCCCGGUACUGGAACAACAGGUGGUACCUAUCCCGGUACUGGAACAACAGGUGGUACCUAUCCCGGUACUGGAACAACAGGUGGUGUUGACGGUGCUACCGGUACCAACGAACCAACAACCACAAUCCAAAGUACUAUCGGUGGUGAAAGUACCACCACUGAUUCUUCUCAGUCCACCACAGCCCCAUGUCCCAUCGGUCAACUAGAAGGUGACCAAAUCGCUCUGGUUUGCCCAACCGGAUUCAAGAGACAUCCCAAAUACUGCAAUCUAUUCUACCAAUGUACCAAAAACUCAGACAAUCACGACUUUAAAAUCCUCGUUAUGAGUUGCCCUGAAGGAAGAAUUUACGACGACGCACGAAUCCAAUGCUUGCCUCAAAACGAAACAAGUUCUUGCAACGGACAAAUAGCUCAAAGCUCCUUCUACAAGCGACUCAACGCCAAUUCAUUGCCUCCGAUACCCGUCAACAGUGAGCGAACGCUCUGUCCUAGUGUCGGCUUCCACGAAACUGAUGGCGCCGUUUGUUCAACAACGUUUGUCAAAUGCCAGCGCUCUUACAAUAACUUCUAUGGAAAAAUGGAAGGUUACAUGUACCAAUGCCCACAAGGAUACGUUUAUUGGGCGAUAAGUAAACAGUGUGAACGCCCAUCCAGACUGCAACACUGCAGCGGCUACGACAUCCGCGAUACGAGAUGGGAGAUACCAGUGGAGACCACAAAUGUCUCAUUAAGACGAAGAAAAAGUGCCAGUUUAUUCGAUACGAUCCUUUAAGUAAAUCUCGUUGCCAACUAGUUUGUAAGUAGUACUCGCAAGUACCAAGAAUGGUUUAGUACUUGGAGAGUUAGUAAUGUACUAUAACACUCCAUUUAGACUGAUACGAACUAAUUCGAUUUUCUUUGAACUAAACCACUUAGUUCAAAGCAAAACGUCAUUAAUAUAGCACAGCUUUUUCACAGUUUUGCACAAAUUGUGAAAAUGCUGUCAUUCGGGAUGGUUCUGGGUUUAUUUAUUUCAAUUUAUUUAUUUAUCUCAAAGAGAAAUAUGGCACCGAAAUUUGCUAUCACACGAACGAUUUAGUUUACUUAAGUAUCGAUUACAUUGUAUACUGUAUGUAAUAAUUUUUCAAUCACAAUAAAUUUUACCAUAAUUGGA